GGCCAGGCAAGCUUUUAACCAGCGCACGCGUCGUCUAGGGCCGAAACGCGGUCGUCAUACGCGGGUAAAUGAUGCUCAGAGCCGCCACGCAGCGGCUGUCCAUUCCUGUGGCGCAAGGAGCGCCGCAAUGCCGUCUGCUCAGCACUGCUCUCCCGCCUCCUCAGCGACGCGUGCUCUCCCGCGGGGUGUUCGCGCGCGGCGCGGCGCCCAGCAGUAGUGCGCUGCAGUCACAGCGACGCCUCCUAUCCAGCGAAACCAAUGCGCUCUCGCAUUACAAGCGCAAGCGCUUGCUCGAAAAGAUCGGCUUCGGCAUCCACAACUCGCGGCGCGACGCGCGGCGCCUGCGGUUGGGCGCUCUCAGAUCAUUGGCGUCGCCGCGGACCCGCACGACGCAUCUGACGGUCCUGCACCGCGCCUACGGCGUCCUCGAGGCCUGCCUCGACGCGCAGGUGGCGGCGCUGGACAGAGCCCCAACGGCAGAGGGUGAACUCGAGGACUUCUCGUCGCUGCAAGGCGUCGCCGCGCAGUUCUGGCAAGAGCACGGCGACGGUUUGAGGCGCGCGCCGGCGCUCGCGGCAGCGCUCAAGGCCGAUCGCCCAGAAAUCGUCGAGUUGGGCGAGGAGCCGGACGCCGAAGAGCACUACUGGUCGCCGGGCACGGUCCAAUUCGCGCGAAGGGUGCGUGCCGUCGACGCUUUGAACGGAGACCUACUGCUUGGCCACAUCCUCGGCGCGCACGUCGGCGAGCUCGCAUUUGAGGCGUCCAUCGGCUUCAGCGCGGACGAGCGAAGGCUCGGUUUCACGCCGUCGCGGAACCCGGCGGCGCCGCCCGUCAGCGAGGUCCUUGCCGCCAUCGACAGCGCUGCCGAGGAGCUGGACGACGAGCCACACGCGGCCGUCGCGAUCGAGGUCUCGCGGUCGUUCCGGCUCAGGAACAGCCUCUACAUGGAGCCUCAGGGGAUUGGUCUCUGGCGCGAUGCCGCGAUCGGUGGUGUUCGUGUACUCAUGGGGCGCGUCGCCGAACAGGCGAGGCCGUCGGCGGACGCGAAGCCGGCGAAUUAAAACUUGUGACUUAA